CUGCUAAUAUGCCUCCCCAGGUCAAAACUUCAACAUCCACGAAAGCGUUGUCGUCUUCGGUUUCGAGCUCCAGUUCAAGCAAAACAUCGUCAUCUACAUCGCCAUCAUCAAGCUCCUCCAAGACUAGCUCCGUCGUUGUGACUCCAUCGUCUACGUCCCAUUCUUCCAGCGCGAGCUCCUCAAGUAGCACAAGCAGCUCCGCUGUUGUGAGCUCCUCAUCAUCUACGUUUCAUUCUUCCAGCGCCACCUCGUCAAGCAGCAUAAGCAGCUUCGCCGUUGUGACUUCCUCAUCGUCCACGUCUCACUCUUCCAGCUCGAGUUCGUCAAGCAGCACAAGCAGUUCCACUGCUGUAACUUCCUCGUCGUCCACGUCUCAUUCAUCUAACGCGGUAUCGUCAAGCAGCACAAGCAGUUCCGCCGCUGUGACCUCCUCGUCGUCCACGUCUCAUUCUUCUAGCGUGGUUUCGCCAACCAGCGCAAGCAGCACGCUAUCAAUCAGCUUGUCCUCCACUUCCGUGUCCUCUUCUACAACGACAUCAGCGUGCGCUAUCCAGACGAAUUGGGUGGACUAUCCCAAUACCGACUACUGGGGAACCGACGACCCAAGCAGCCCACAGGUCAUCAGUACCCUGGCUGAAUGUAAGGCAGCAUGUGAAGCCUUAAAAAUCUGUGUUGCCGUUUCUUGGCUCCCAUCGACGAAUGGAGGCCCCAGCUUCUGCUAUCUCAAAGACAGCGUUACGAAUGAGGUUGCUGAUACUUCAGCUGGCCAGAUCGGAGCUAAGAAGGUGGUGACUUCUUGCCCUGUAUCAGCUAUCAGCUCUUCAUCGUCGUCCCUAGUCCCAACCGUCACUUCUACGAGCUCUGCUACUCCAUUACCAACCACUGGGUGCAUCUCAACCACUGGAGGCAAUUGGAUGAUCACUCCGGACACGGACUAUUGGGGAACAGACGACACGAGUAGCCCACAACAGGUCACCACCUUUGAUGGGUGUAUUGCCACGUGUAACAGCCUCCCUAACUGUGUUGCCGUUUCUUACCUACCAUCAACCAACGGAGGAGCCAGUUUCUGUUAUCUUAAAGACAGCGUUACGAACACGGUUCCGGAAACCGGAGUCGGCCAGAUUGGAGCAAAGAAGGUCACAUCUUGCCCCGGACAGUCGAGCUCUUUCUCUUCCGUGGUCUCGACAACCAUCUCCUCUUCUUUCACGACUUCUACAAUGGCGAUUACGACAACUUCUCCCACACGCACUAUAUCGGUGGCCCCGCAUACGUCCGACGACAUAAGGAGUGCUUGCGAGUGCUUGGGACUUGAGCCUACAACGGGCAGUACCACGGUAACGGAGACAUCGACUGUUUACACAAGUGCUGCUGCUGUAACCACACCUGCCUGA